AUGAAGGAUUUGAGUUCUCUACGAUAUUUCUUAGGUAUUAAGGUAGCCUACUCCCCUAGAGGUUAUCUUUUUUCUCAGUUGAAACAUGUUGCAGAUAUUCUUGAGCGGGCUAGACUUACUGAUAAUAAGACUAUAGAUACUCCGAUAAAGGUUAACGCAAAGUAUUAUUCUUCUGAUGGUUUACCUUUGUCAGAUCCUACUUUAUACCGUACUAUUGUUGGGAGCUUGGUAUAUCUCACUAUUACUCGUCGAGAUAUUGCAUAUAUUGUUCAUGUUGUUAGUCAGUUUGUUGCUUCUCCUACUACCAUUCAUUGGGCAGUUGUUCUUCAUAUUUUGCAGUAUCUUCGGGGUACAGUCUUUCACAGUCUUUUACUUCCAUCCACCUUUUCCUUGGAGCUACGUGCAUACUCUGAUGCUGAUCAUGGCAGUGAUCCCAUAGAUUGCAAGUCUAUUACUGGUUUCUGUAUAUUUUUGGGUGAUUCUCUUAUUUCUUGGAAAAGCAAGAAACAAUCUAUUGUUUCUCAAUCUUCAAUCGAAGCAGAAUAUCUUGCUAUGGCAUCUACUACCAAAAAAAAUUGUUUGGUUACGUUGGUUACUUGCAGAUAUGGGAGUUUCUCGUUCUCAUCCCACUCCUAUGCAUUGUGA